AUGGCUGGCCGCUCCCACCGCAUCAGCUCCGGCUGUGGGGUCAGGAACUUCAGCUCCCGCUCUGCCAUCCUGCCCAAGCCUUCGGCCCACAGCUGCACCAGUGCCAUGGCCUACCGAGGGGGCAGCCCUGGGGGGCCGGGCCGCAGGCGCCUCGGGGUCUUUGGCAGCUGGAGCCUGUGCACAGUGGGGUCCCCGCGGGUGGCGGUGAGCCGUGGAUGGCCCCCGCGGAGCGGAGGCAGCUUUGGAUAUCGAGUAGGAGGUCUCUGUGGGCCCAGCCCGCCCUGCAUCACCACCGUGUUAGUCAAUGAGAGCCUCCUCACGCCCCUCAAUCUGGAGAUUGACCCAAACGCGCAGUGCGUGAAGAACCAGGAGAAGGAGCAGAUCAAGUGUCUGAACAACAAGUUUGCUGCCUUCAUCGACAAGGUGCGCUUCCUGGAGCAGCAGAACAAGCUUCUGGAGACCAAGUGGCAGUUCUACCAGAACCGCAAGUGCUGCGAGAGCAACCUGGAGCCCCUGUUCAAUGGCUACAUCGAGAUGCUGAGGCGGGAGGCCGAGUGUGUGGAGGCCGACAGCGGGAGGCUGGGCUCGGAGCUCAACCACGUGCAGGAGGUGCUGGAGGGUUACAGGAAGAAGUAUGAAGAAGAGGUGGCCCUCAGGACCACUGCUGAGAAUGAGUUUGUGGUGCUAAAAAAGGACAUAGACUGUGCCUACCUGCGAAAGGCUGACCUGGAGGCGAACGUGGAGGCACUAAGGGAGGAGAUGGGCUUCCUGCAGGCCCUCUAUGAGGAGGAAAUCUGCCUCCUUCAGUCACAAAUCUCUGACACCUCGGUGGUGGUUAAGAUGGACAACAGCCGAGAGCUCAACAUGGACUCAGUGGUGGCCGAGAUCAAGGCUCAGUAUGAUGACAUUGCCAGCCGCAGCCGGGCGGAGGCUGAGUCCUGGUACCAAACCAAGUGCGAGGAGAUGAAGGCUACAGUGAGCCAGCAGGGUGAGAAUCUCCGCAGAACCAAGGAUGAACUCAAUGAGCUGAACCGCAUGAUUCAGAGGCUGACGGCGGAGGUGGAGAAUGCCAAGCAGCAGCGCCGCAAGCUGGAGGGCACCGUGGCUGAGGCUGAGCAGCAGGGUGAGGCGGCCCUUGGUGAUGCCAAGUGCAAGCUGGCGGGGCUGGAGGCCGCCCUGCAGAAGGCCAAGCAGGACAUGGCCUGCCUGCUCAAGGAGUACCAGGAGGUGAUGAACUCCAAGCUGGGCCUGGAUGUGGAGAUUGCCACUUACCGAAAGCUGCUGGAGGGCGAGGAGAGCCGCUUGUGUGAAGACGUGGGCUCCAUCAAUAUCUGUGUGAGCCGUUCCCAGGGUGGUGUGAUCUGCAGCGACCUCAGUACCACUGUCCCUCGUGGCCCAGGGCUUGUGGCCACCAGCAGUGGCAUCCUCUGUUCCCCCUCUGUAGUGGGGGCCUCCUCCUGUGUGAGAUCCGUGCAGUUUGCAUAG